GGCAUGGGGAGCAGUUCGGGCAGUUAGGGGUUACAGCUAGGCAUAACCCUCCCUUGUUUCCCUUAGCCGGGAGCUAUUGGUCAGGAGAGCAGGUCAGGUGACAGAGGGGCAGAGCUUCCCCUUGUGGUUUUUAGUGCAACCGAACCUGUCACUACGGAGGCCGAGAGGUUCACACUUGCCGGCGCCUUCAUUUGACGUCAUCAUUAAUUUUAAAGAGAUAGACAAGAAAAAUGGAUGGAACUGUGCAUAAAGACGAAGGUGCAAGAACCCAUAAGAGAAGCCUAGACCAGGACACGUCAGAUUUCCCGCCAUCCAAGAGCCCUCACGUUUCGUCUUCUAUAAGAACACAUCCCUCCUUCUACCAGGGCUCAUUUCCCUUUUACAGACUGCCUUCAGAACUGGGUUGUUUCUCUCUGGAUGAGAAGCGAUGUUACCACGGUGAUGCCCGACGCCUCCGCUAUCUUAGUUCCCCCACAGGAAUGGAUAGUGGAGGGGCUUCCCUUGGAUGGGACCUGAUGGAAGGAUUUGAGGAUCGCUAUGUACGACGUGACGAAGAUGUUAAAGAAGGACUUCUGCAUAUUUUAACUUGGGUGAAAGAGAACAGGGGACUUGUGCAAGGAAAUGAACGCUCUGGUAGCAAAAGGCCCGUGGACCGAGACUUUGUCACCUGGCGAGGUCACCUGACUAAGAUUCUAUGCGCCCCGUAUGAGACCCAAGAAGGCUGGAUCCUGGCCGUCACUCUGUUUAAGGGCUCCCUGUAUAUCAGCGAGAGGGAGACGGCAACCGCUUAUAAGAGGAGGAAAGAGAGGACUCUGGAUCAGGAGAAGCUCAUGUACUCUGGAUACAGAUUUGAGAGCUACAUGUGCGCAGAUUCCCCUGAUGGCACUCCUUGCCCGUCUGAAGUUGUGAACACCAACGAAGGAUAUUGCAGUGUCAUGCUGGGCCGUCUGGCAUCCCAUUCCUUCCUGGUUUCUGGAGAGGUGGACUGCAAAGACCAGAACAGUGCUAACCCUUCACCUCCAUCCUGCUACGUAGAGCUGAAGACGAGUGCCCAGAUACGGAGCCAACACCAGGAGCGCAGCUUCCACAGGUAUAAGCUCCUGAAGUGGUGGUGCCAGUCCUUCCUGCUCGGGAUCCCUCUCAUUGUCGCCGGAUUUCGGAAUCAACAAGGAAGAAUCGUCUCUCUAGAGAAGUUCAAAACAUCAGAAAUCCCCCAUUUAGUGCGGAGUGACAAGCAGAGCUGGGAUCCGGCCACCUGUAUGAACUUCUGUAACGCCUUCCUCAGUUAUAUGAAAAAAGUGGUGACCACAGAUGACCCCAGGGUUGUCUAUGUGUUCUCCUGGGAGCCGGGUCAAGACGUCACGUAUACCGUCGAAACAAAUUCUGAUGAUCCGGUUGUGCCGGACUGGUACGUGCGGGAAUUAUCACAGAUGUCCGGACAGUAAAGACCCCCCCCCCCCCCCAAACCUCCUUACCCUGCUGAUACUACAGAUCGGAGGCCGAGGAGCUUGUCUUCUGUAUGGAGACGGAGCAGUGGACGUACUUACCCGAGGCUGGUCCUCGAUACCAUGAAGCAGUGUAAUCCAUUCAUUAAACAGAGAUUUAUUUUACUUUACAUUCUGCUUUUUUUUCUUUUCUUUUUUUUAAAUUACAUCAGCCCUAAUAAUCAAUAAUAUUGAUCAACCAGACCCUGGAAUAAGCAAUAAAAGAGGAUCUGGGGAUGGGGAGCUAUGUGGCACCAAGAGAGCUGUGUAUAGGGGUAAGUAUUAGUAUUAUACAGCACCUAUCUACAGAACUAGGCCCUCCUGCUCCUUCACAUGGGCGGCUACUAUAUCCUGGUUUCAUGUACAGGUUUAAUGGGGUUAACCAGGAUUAUAAAAAAAAAUAAAAAAACACGAAACAGGAACACUCCUGUCAUCAAGUUGUUUGGUAUUGCAGCUCAGUGAAUGCAGCCAAAUGGUAACAUCACACACAACCUGAGAACAGGGGUGGCGCUGUUUAUUUAUUCAUUUAUUUAUAUAAGAAAUUACCUCUGUUUCUGGAUAACCCCUUUUUAAGGAAGAUUUUUUUUCUAUUAUGAUCAUCAUUAUUAUUAUUCUUAGAUUAUUAUAAUAUUAAUAAUUCUUGUUUUUUAGAAGAAAUUACCUCCUAUUUUUGUAUUCCUGGAUAACCCCUUAGAGCAGUGGUCCCCAAACUGUGGCCGAAGAUUUAUUUUUUAUUUUUAUUAUGAUCAUCAUUAUUAUUAUUUUAUUAUUAUUAAUAAUUCUUGUUUUUUAGAAGAAAUUUCCGUGUUUUUGUAUUCCUGGAUAACCCCUUAGAGGAAGAUUUUUUUUUUUU